UGGAGUGGAUCUACCCUAGGCUUCCUGUCAUGGAAAUGCAUCUCGGCCUGACUGAGAAAGACAAGGAAUGAGGACUGCCCAUCUGGAUGUUUUUCACUUUGGUUGCCAUGGGACUUGGACAAUUGCUUUGUUUUUCAAUAAAACUCUGAACUAGUUCUUCUGCCACAAAGUCCAGAGAGAACAGGAGAGUGUGAGCAGCUGAAGUGAGAAGAUAAACUGUCCUAUCCUCAAACAACUGUUUGUCAAGGAUCUUGAGGAGCAAGAUGAAUUCAUAUGAGGAAAAACUUUCAUCCUUGUAUGAGAUUUUCCAGGCUAUAUUGAAAAAUACAGGCGUGAACGCAGAUAUAGGAAUCAAGAUAUAUAAGAAGUUUAUGGAGGCUUUCAGUGAUGGUGGAAUGAAGGAAGCAGCUUCUGAGGUAAAAGAGGAGCUGGAGGAGUUGGAAAACACUGAGCUUCACAUUGCCAUCACUGGAGAGACGGGCUCUGGGAAAUCAACCCUCAUCAAUGCUCUCCGAGGCCUGAAGGCAGAAGAUGAUGGUGCCGCCCCUGUAGGAGUGACAGAAACCACACUGAAUCCAAAUGUUUAUACCCAUUCUAACUAUCCCAAAGUGAAAUUCUGGGACCUGCCAGGAAUUGGAUCCCCAGAUUUUUCACCAUACAGUUACCUUAAGAAGGUGGAUUUCCCCCGCUAUGACUUCUUUAUCAUUGUUGGCUCAGAGAGAUUCCGAUGCAACCACAUUAACCUAGCUCAGGCGAUCCAGAAGAUGGAGAAGAAGUGUUAUUUUGUGCGCUCCAAAGUAGAUUCAGAUCUAUCCAACAUGGAAAGGUCUUAUCCAAAUACCUUCAAUGCAGAGGAAGUCCUUGAAAAGAUGAGGAAUGAAUUCAAGAAGCAGCUUAGGAAGUGCUUCAGGAACACCAUCCCUCAAGUCUUUUUGAUCUCCUCCUUUGACCUUGACAAGUAUGACUUCUCCCAACUGGUGGAGACCUUGGAGAAAGAUCUGCCCAGCCUGCAGAGACUUGCAUUCCUGCUCAGCCUUCCCAUCUUUUCCCCUGAAUUCGCAGAAAAGAAGAAAUCUGCGCUGAAGAGCCACCUGUUCAAAAUAUCCCUGGUGUAUGCUGGCAUCAAUGCUAUUUCCACUCCAGGCCUUCCUCCGCCUUAUGAUGAGUCCUUGCUUAAGUCCAUUGUUGACUUUUACAAGAUGUUUGAGCUGGAUGAUGGCUCCUUAGCUAGGCGGGCCAGAUUGGUCAGGAAGCCUGUUGAAGAACUGAAGGCCGUGAUGAAGUCUCCUCAGAUGAUAGAAAUUAACAUCGAUCUGGUUACAAAGCUAAUAACCAAUUAUGCAAAAGAAUUAUUCCCGCCUUCCGUAGUUGGAAGCUUGGUAGCAACAGCGGUGUCUUUUGCCACCACUUAUUGGAUGUUGUCAAACUUCCUGGAUAAUCUAGCUGAGGAUGCUGAAAGGGUUCGAAAGAAAGCCCUAGGACUGGAAGAGUAUGAGGCAGAGCAUUUCAGGGCCAAGUAGAACUGGCACAAGACAUGAUGCAACCCAAGGUGGGGUAAUGGGAGCUGCUGCUGCUGCUAUGGCAAGUUUUCCCACUUUGGCACCCCUUUUCAUACCCAUUUUGGCUUGUUCUAGAGACAAUGGAGCAAGCCUUAUAGUUGAUUUGCCUUACCGCAAAACAUGUUGUGUCCACAGUGAAUGCUAUUUUUAACUGAUACUUUUAAAAUAUGCUCAGAUGUAAUGUAGACACAUUUGUCAUAUUCAUGUAGCAUGCUAUUGAAACCUCUCCGUGUAACUUCUCCCCAUAUAGGCCUUUAAGAAAUAAUUGUUGGAUUUAGGUGUAGUUUUAUUAGAUAUUGCUCAAGUUAUUUUGUUAGAUGAUAGUAGGCAAUAAUAAAAAUUAGUGU